AUGUUUAGAAACAACUACGACAACGAUUCUGUUACCUAUUCCCCUACGGGCCGUUUAUUCCAGGUUGAGUAUGCGUUAGAAGCAAUCAAACAAGGAAGCGCAGCGGUUGGUUUAACAUCGAAAGACUAUGUUGUACUUGUGGCCUUGAAGAGAAAUGCCGAGGAAUUGGGAUCAUACCAAAAGAAAAUCAUCAAAAUAGACGACCAUAUGGGAGUUGCAUUGGCUGGUUUAGCCCCCGAUGCGCGAGUAUUAUCCAACUUUUUGAGGAAACAAGCAAUGCAAUCUAAAAUGAUUUUCAAUCGCCCAAUCCAGACCCAUAAAGCAGCCUUGACAAUCGCCGAUAAGGCACAGGAAAAUACUCAAAGCUAUGGCUCUAGACCAUACGGAGUGGGAUUGUUAAUUGCAGGGUACGAUGAGACUGGUGCACAUUUGUUGGAAUUCCAGCCAUCGGGAUCAGUCCUCGAAUAUUUCGGUGCUGCUAUUGGUGCCAGGUCACAAGCAGCUCGUACCUAUUUGGAAAGGAACUUGGAAGAGAUCAGGGGCUCUGAUUCAAUUGAAAAGUUGAUUGUACAUGGGUUAUACGCUUUGAGAGACACUUUGAGUCAAGAUGUUGAAUUAACGUUUAAAAACACAAGUGUCGCUGUUGUAGGUAAAGGACAACCGUAUACUUCUUAUGAUGACGAAGAUGUGCAGCAAUGGUUAGACAAGCUAGAUUCCGUCACAAAUGAUAGAAAUAGAACUGAUGGUGAUGAUGAGAACAAGAACGAAGGGGGAAAUGAAACAGCAGCUGACGAAACCGCUCAAGACAGAGGAGAGGAACCCGCGCAGGGCGACAGAAUGGAUACAGAUGAGUAA